AUCAGCUGUGUCCAAUCACAGCUGAUCACAUGGGACAUGUACACUGAUCAUCAGGGCACUGAUGAUCAGUGUGCCCUGAUGAUCAGUGUGUCCCCAGAAGUGCCACGUGCCAGUGCCCAUCAGUGCCACAUCAAUGCCACAUAUCAGUGCAUACCAGUACACAUCAAUGCCACAUAUCUGUGCCCAUCUGAACUGCCUUUCAAUGUCACCCAUCAGUGCCAGUCAGUGCCACCUAUCAAUGCCAAUCUGUGCCACCUAUCAGUGCUGCCAAUCAGUGCCACCUAUCAG